GCCUGCGCAGUACAGCAGUGCACGUGUUCGAGCCGGAAGCGCCCACUGGGACUGGAGAUUCCUGGGGAUGGCAACCGAGAUGGAGGCGCAGAGUGUCGGGGCCGAGGACGGCUUCACCCAGGUCACCCGCAAGGGUGGCCGGCGGGCGAAGAAACGGCAGGCUGAGCAGCUGUCCGCAGCGGGGGAGGGCGGGGACGCGGGCCGCAUGGACACCGAGGAGGCCCGACCCGCGAAGAGGCCGGUCUUCCCGCCCCUCUCCGGGGACGGGUUCCUGGGUGGGAAAGAAGAAACAAGGAAAGUGCCAGUCCCAGCUAACAGAUACACGCCGUUAAAAGAGAACUGGAUGAAGAUAUUUACUCCUAUUGUAGAACAUUUGGGACUUCAGAUACGCUUUAACUUGAAAUCGAGGAAUGUAGAAAUCAGGACAUGUAAAGAAACCAAGGAUGUUAGUGCUCUGACAAAAGCAGCUGAUUUUGUGAAAGCCUUUAUUCUAGGGUUUCAGGUGGAGGACGCACUUGCCCUUAUUAGGUUGGAUGACCUCUUCCUGGAGUCUUUUGAAAUUACGGAUGUUAAGCCCUUAAAGGGAGACCACCUGUCAAGGGCAAUAGGAAGAAUCGCUGGCAAAGGAGGAAAAACCAAAUUCACCAUAGAGAAUGUGACACGGACGCGGAUAGUUUUGGCUGACGUGAAAGUUCACAUCCUUGGCUCUUUCCAAAACAUCAAGAUGGCAAGAACUGCCAUUUGUAACCUCAUCCUGGGAAAUCCUCCAUCAAAGGUUUAUGGCAAUAUUCGAGCCGUGGCUAGCAGAGCAGCAGAUCGAUUCUGAUUUCAAAUAAGAGACUUGUUAUCUUGUCUUUGGACUCUAGAGAAAAAGACCUUACCCUCUACAAGUGGUCACAAGAAACCAUGUGAAGAAUUUUUCAGUCACUUUAAGCCUUGGUCCCUUCUUCCAUUCUCAGCCAGAAGCGUAAAUAGAAAGGAAAAGUUUGAUAGUAUUCACACUCAACAGCUUUGAGGAUAAUUUAAAUAUUGAAAUUUAGUACCAUUGUUAUACUUACAUAUUAAUUCUAAUUUAUCAUUUUUUAAA